UAGAAAGGGGCUCGGGUCUGGUCUGAAUGACGCCAGAGGACAGUAGAGCCCUUUCAAGGGUUAUGGGCCCAAGCGAGGGAUUCUACCACCCUGCGUUUGGAACUCCGCUCGCCCAUGGAUUCCCAGCAGCGCCGAUGCCGCCGCCCGCUGCGCUGAUGCGCGCGCGGUGCAGGGCACGCUCGGACAUAAUCGUGGGCCCGUCGGUGGUGUGCGACACCUGCAUCACCGACGUCCACUGCCAUUGCAUGCAGCCUUGGCAGGGGCAUGCAGUCUGCUUCGCCUGUUUCGCCGGCCGCGACAUCGCGUACGGUCGUCGGCAGGCAGCCUGGUCGAGCGGUCUCGCAGGACAGCUUGGCCGCACCGUGGCGUCUGGCGCGCAGAUGGCUGGCCACGCAGUGGGGGCCACGAUCAGCACCGCCGCGACUGGAGUGCAGCGCCUUGCCAUCGGCGCUGCGGCGGGAGCGCGCCAGACGUGGGCGGCGGGCACGAUGAUGCCGCUGCUUCUAUUAUUCGGGACUCGUGUUCUCACCUCUCGGGGACACGUAAGACUCGAGUAAGCCGGAUGUCGGGUUUGCCGACGUUUUUUUGACGAGCGCGCCCUACAUUUUGACGGUCCAGCUGUCGUGGGAUGUUUGCAGCGGGAGUUCGCGUCAAAUUUCA